AUGGCUUUACCGCUGAAGAGCGACACAUGGUAUGAGCACGCUCGUUUGCGGUGUUUCGAGUCGCACAGCGUUAUUGACAAGGUGCAGUAUGGGCGCUUUGACCCCGGCGCAAGCGUGUGCUACGGUAACGCCAUUCUAUCCAACUCGAGCUGUCCAAGUUUGAAUGCCGGACGACAGCGGCUAUCCAUUCCUAUCGGCAUUUUCCUCAUCCUCAAACAUUCCACGCUUCGGAAACGUUGCAAUGCGCCAUGGAUAUCCGAGCAUAUGCUUCCCGAGGCCAACAUCCGCAUGCUCUUUCUCUGUGGGCUCAGCCGCUCCAGAGCAGGUGCUUUUCACCAGGUCUCAUAG